GAGCCCGAGAGUGACGACAACGGACCUGUGACGGCCAGCGAGAAGUCUGGGGAGCGUAAGCCCCGGAAGAGUUUGGGCAACGCAGGAUCGGUGCAUGUGCCGCGCUCCUUCCACGACAUGGUCCUCUUCAAUGCAUCUGUCAUGAACAUGAGCGAGAACCUGUGGUUCGAAGAAAUGCUCCAGUCUCUUCGAGCGCUCGUUCCAAAUUCUGGAAACAUUUCCAGGCUGCAGGAAGAGUGCGACUUGCUCUGCCUGGCUCUGGUCCACUACGAACAG